GUCCGAUAACUUCAGGACCAGAUGCAUACACGCAUGGCUGCUUGAAUGUCUCAGAUCACUAUCCAUCACCUGACUAAUGACAUAUAACGACAAGUUUCAUUAAUUGUCUGGAUAUCUAUUCACUUCUUCGUUGACCAUGGCAGACUUCGGUCGUGGUUCAACUGUCCUUGUCUCUCCGAAGCUUCAAUACCAAGUCAACACCCAUCUUCAUCCAGGCAUAUCACAUUACACACCGAAAGAUUUCUCUCCAGUUCAAGUUCAGGGGGACGAAAAAAACAGCACACCAAUUACCCUACCGAGUCCCCAAGUAAACAUCGUGGGAGGAACUCAUCCUAACAACGCGAAUAGCAUAAUCUCCCAGGAUCGAUCUGGUGAACAUCCCUGUCCACUCUCGACCUAUCCUACCAACUGUAAUGGAUUUCCAAUAAAACUGAACUGCAGCUUACAGCUAGUCCCUCCAGGGCCUCAUGAUGGUGGAAAAUGUUCAAUGCUCUGUCCAGCGAAUGAUAGUCUUAGUGCAGAUGUCUAUCCCAUACAAACACCGCAACCAUCGCCUAUGGCGUCACAGGACGAGAACAGCCCGUAUAGAGAUACGCGGGAUCUAUUGCAGGAUUCACAGCAACUGGAAGACAGUUUCGAGAUAGCUGAUCAACUCGAGGCCAGAACCGCCAUGCUGGAUGACGAAUCCGUCACCGAUGGCGGAUACGAAUCAGAUUCGGCAACAAGCGCGUCUACCUCUGUUUCUUCAAGUAUAUGGGACUUUUCAUUCGAGAAUGGUAGGAGAUACCACAAGUUCAGGGAAGGUCGGUACAACUUUCCGAAUGAUGAUGUCGAACAGGAACGAGAGGAUAUGAAGCAUGCUAUGGUCAAGUUGUUGUGCCAAAAACUACACUUCGCGCCCAUAGGAGACAAUCCCCAUGAGAUACUUGACGUCGGAACAGGCACUGGAAUCUGGGCGAUCGAGAUGGGCGAUGCUUAUCCCAGCGCAAAUAUUCUUGGUGUAGACUUAAGUCCUAUUCAGCCGCAAUGGGUGCCACCUAAUGUCCGAUUCAUGGUUGACGACGUAGAAAGCGAGUGGCUUCAUCCGUUAAAUCACUUCGACUAUAUACAUUCUCGACACACAAUCAUGGCUAUAAAAGACUGGGAUCAAUUGCUAACGACGUCCUAUGAACACUUAAAACCUGGGGGCUGGUUGGAGCUACAAGAAAUCUAUCAUUUCCCUAUGAGCAGUAACAAUACCCUUGAGGAGGACCAUCCAGUCGCCCAGUACUGGAAAUACGUGGAUGAAGGACUUGAAAGUCUCGGCGUCGACUUCAGGUUUUCGGAUGAAGGUCGGAUAGCCGCUUUAAUGCGACAGUGCGGAUAUAUCAACGUAACCGAACGCGUCUUUCACAUACCCAUCGGUACGUGGCCGAAAAACAAAACCUUGAAGAGCGUUGGGCUGUAUUGGAAGAAGAUCCUACUGGAUGGUAUUCAAGCUAUUGCGCUCGGGCCGAUGACUAGAGGACUUCACUGGGGAAGAGAGGAGGUCGAGACCUUCCUGGUAUCGGUUCGAAAGGGGUAUCAUGACAACUCAUUGUUGUUGUACAUGCCGCUCGUCUGUGUUUACGGCCAGAAACCUGGUGGCCAGUGACUGGAGUACUGGUAUUCGCCCGAGUAGUAGUUAGGAGACAGGGAUCUCGCAUAAUGGAACCCAAAAUACGAAUGUAAUUGGGAGAAGAGGGGGAAUAUUGAGAUUGACUGCGGUAUCAACCGACACUAGUUUGGCUCAUUUUAGACGUUUAGCUACCCUUGCUCGCAGGAGCUGUCAUCAUUGGAGAAUAGCACCCAUCCAUAGCCGGAAUAGGAAAC